GGCUUUCGCAUAAUCUGACCUUGUGAAGUAUUCACAAAUCCAAUGGCUGACAAGAAACGCUUAGCUUUUUCAAUCAUUCGGCAUUUACAUGACCAGUUACACAAUGUUGCCAUUCAGUGCCUAGAGACAGCCUUCGAUGUUUCCAUUGAAGACAGUAGUUUGGCUGUCCCACAGACUCUCCAAGAGAUAUUUACAGAGGCCACAUUUCAGAAUUCUCCGGAAGUAAAUUCUGGGCUAGCCUCUCCUUCAGAUGAGGAUCUAGCAGAAGCUGAAAGAUUGAAGACAGAAGGCAAUGAGCAAAUGAAGGUAGAAAAUUUUGAAAGCGCCAUUUCCUACUACACAAAAGCUCUUGAACUGAACCCAGCAAAUGCUGUAUAUUACUGCAAUAGGGCUGCGGCUUACAGCAAACUUGGCAAUUAUGCUGGAGCUGUGAGGGACUGUGAAGCGGCUAUUACAAUCGACCCUAACUACAGCAAAGCAUAUGGCAGAAUGGGACUAGCACUUUCAAGUUUGAAUAAACAUGCAGAAGCUGUAGGAUUUUACAAACAAGCCCUUGUGCUGGACCCAGACAAUGAAACCUACAAAUCAAAUCUAAAGAUCGCAGAACAGAAAAUGAAAGAGUUGCCUAGCCCAAUGGCUGCUCCUGGAGGUUUGGAUUUGGCUGGCUUGCUCAAUAACCCAGGCUUUAUGAAUAUGGCUUCAAAUCUCAUGAAUAACCCCCAAGUUCAACAAUUAAUGUCAGGAAUGAUUUCUGGUGGCCACACACCCAUGGCUGGAGCUGGAGCUGCAGCUGCAGGAAACAAUCCUCCGAAUGAUUUGGCCGGUCUUAUACAAGCAGGGCAACAGUUUGCUCAGCAGAUGCAACAGCAAAAUCCAGAGCUGAUAGAACAAUUGCGUAGUCAGAUACGAAGUCGACCCCCAAGUUCAAGUCAUGAUGAGCAACAUGAAUGAGCAGCGCUGGCAGGCUGAAGGAUAUUGUAAUACUUUAUUGGAAUAUGGGCAGAAAGUACUUGAGUGACUACAAUAGGGUCUGUCUUCCUCGGCGGUUUAUGUGAACAGUUACUCUUGGCAUAUUUUGUUGGAAGAAACUUUUUUUCUUACCUCAUUACCACUUCCUUACUACCAUUUUCAAAGAUCCAUUAAGUGUCACUUGCCACAGGGUAGCACAAAGGGCUGAUCCAGUAUGAACAGUUAGUCUUUCUGCUCCUGUUGAAGAAAAGAAAAACCACAAUAUGUUGUUGUUUUCUUCUCGUCCAUGGCUAUUACUGUCUGCAUUUGGUUUGAACAGUGGUGUAUGUCUUGGGUUUGGUGCCCUUUAACAUCAGUGUGAUAACCGGAAUGUUACAACUGGAUCAAGAGACAUUUCCUGUAGUUAAAUAAGAAACCUGUUAGAUGGAGAAUCAAUCUUCCGGGUCUGUCAAUGAAACAAUAAAAUGAUUUGUGGUCUCUAAUAGUGUGUAUUUGACAUGGGCUCUAUGGGGAAAAUCAGACCUAUCAUAUUCAAAUUUUAGACAUCCUUUUUCUGCAAGCACUUUGCAGUCUCCUUGGAAUAAUGCAAAUCAAAUUUAAAGAUCUCAAAGGUAAUUUAGUAAAUAAAAUGCUCCUAAAUAAGAGCAUAAUCCUCCAGCCAAUUGUAUUAUCAAGGUGUUUUAAUAAAGAAUGUUUUACUGUUAACAA